AUGGAACGGUACGAUGACGCUACCAAUCUGCUGAAUGAUAUGAUAGUGAAAGGCAUUGAGCUUGGCCAAGAAGGGCGUGGUUUAUUAUCUGUUGCCUACAAAAGUGUGUUGAAUUUUCGGCGUUUUUCCUGGCGUGUAUUUACUGCUUACGAAAAUAAACGAGACGGUUCUGCGUUGGAAAAAAAGGUUGCUAAAGAAUAUCGAGAGAAAGUCGCUUCAGAAUAUCGAAGCACUUGUAAUACACUCAUAAACAUGCUUGAUACUGUUCUGCUACCAAAAGCCUCCGACCCUGAAACGAAGAUUUUCUUACUGAAAAUGAAAGCUGAUUAUUAUCGGUAUUUGGCGGAAAUUACAUUUGACGAAAGUAGAUCUUACAUUACUUUACAAACUCUAACCUUGGCUAAAUAUCAUCUUGCUCAACUUAGUGGAUUUAGCAGAAACAACAAGAAUACUACUUUAGCUUUAUCAGAAAAAUCACUGGAAGCAUACACUGACGCUACCAAACUUGCGAAUGAAAUGAUUAAAGCAACUCAUCCUUUAAGAAUGGGUCUCGCGUUGAACUUCGCCGUCUAUUAUUACGAAAUCAAAAAAGAUGUGAAGAUGGCAUGUUCUGUUGCUGAGCAGGUAAUAUAA